UCCAACGGCAUCGACGAUGCGUGGAUUUUCUGCAUGUCUACUGUUUCUUGGCCUGACACGGGCUGCCGAUGUCUACCUCAGUCCACCCGAGCUGUUGCCUGCUCGUCUCUCACCACACCAAGCGAGCCAGGUGCUAGCAGCACACCUUGGUCUCGACCAGUUCGAACAACUGACCCAAGAGUCUGUAAAGUUGGGCCACCUCGUCACCGAACGGGAUUUCGUAGCUAGCGGCAACCGGAAUGCUUUGCUGCUUCUCAUGGACGAGAGAUAUGCUCCAGACGUCCUUCCACCAACCUUGCUACCAAACUUCUCUUUCUCUGAGCCAAGCAAAGACCUUCUAUCCACAUUUCUGAAGAUGUGCACGCGUCGUGCAGCCCAUAUUUUUUCUUAUAUCUUUGCUGCUCGCUCCGUGCCAACCGAAGGUGUUCCGCGCGCUCUGGACAUUUUCUCCGCCCCAACACCCGCCAACGAAGCUUUCCUUGCCGAAAUUUCAACGCUUACGGAUUAUAUCGACGCUAAUGUUGAUCGUUUCGCUGGCGUUCAACUAACUAGCAUCCCCCAGCUUGCAGCAUCGCACGGUCGGGAAAGCGAAUCAUACCGGAUGGCUACGCAAGCUGUGCGCGGCGCAAUCGAGGCGGCACUUUCUGACCGGUCUAUACAUUUUGCACUUCUGACGUAUACGUCGCCCCCUGCGCAGAAAAGAACUCCACAGUUCUCGCAGCAGAGUUCCGCCCCCUCAAAUGUUCAACAAACGUCCACGCGCCCAUCGGAAGAUUGCCAUGCCUCCGAAUAUGCGUGUCUGAAUGCAACGAAUACAUGCUCUGGACACGGAUCGUGCGUCAGCACUACUAGUCAAGAGGGACAAUGCUUUGUGUGUUCCUGCGAAACAACGAAGAGCGAGUCUGGACAGACACAAAUCUGGGUAGGAGACAUGUGUGAGCGACAAGAUAUUAGCAGUCCGUUCGUUUUGCUUGCCGGGACUGCGCUAACCCUGUUCUUGUUGAUGGGCGGAUCGAUAUCAUUGCUCUACGCUGUAGGUAGCCAAGAGUUUCCGAGCAUCCUGACGGGUGGUAUUACCGGAGCUCUACGCAAAGAGUAAUGACCAUUGGGAUUGCUAGACGGUGUCUCGACAGUCUAAUACACUUGGAACGGCCCACUUGAGUGACAGCCAAUUGAUGAGCUCAAUCAAAGUCGUAGCAGUGCAAACUUUCGUACCGCAUGCUUCUAAGGCUCAUCACUAUUGUAGUGUUGCCGUCGAACCAAACUCAGUUCGAAGUGGAUCAAAGUGGCAACUCUGGCCCACUUCGAUACAUCUGAACUGGGACAAACUGCACUUUGUUCACCUUGCAAGGUCUGUCUGGAGUGUGCAUGAUAGCUUACUCCAAAUUGGCAGCAAAUUUUUAUCUAUGUAGGAUGGUAGAUAAUGUAUCUGUGGUUUGGUCAGUUGUGGUAAGUUUGGUCUCAGCAGGAUGCAUGA